AGUCCGGGACUGCAGCCCGCCGGUAUUCCAGGAAUGUGUUGAUCAUGGCGGCCGCAGUGAAGCCCGUGAAGAGCGGACUGCUAGAGCUCCGCGUUACCGUACACCACUGGAUCCGCGUGCUCGCCACUCUUACCGGGGACACGUUCACCGUGAGCCCCGGAGAAACCGGCGAGGAGUCCUCCAGCAGCUCUCCCGCGCCCGGUGCUGCUGUUAACGGUGAUCCGGCGAACCUCAGCGCCUGUCCGGUACCGGACACCAUCACCAACGUCAAGAGGACCGUCCGGGUCACCAAACAAGAAGUCGGAGGACUCGGAAUAAGUAUAAAAGGUGGGAAGGAGAACAAGAUGCCCAUCCUGAUUUCGAAGAUCUUCAAAGGACUGGCAGCGGAUCAGACAGAGGCUCUUUACGUUGGAGAUGCUAUUUUAUCGGUGAACGGUAACGAUCUCAGAGAAGCAACUCACGAUGAAGCUGUUCAGGCCCUGAAGAAAACCGGCAAAGAGGUCAUUCUGGAAGUGAAGUACAUUAAGGAGAUGUCGGCGUUUUUUAAGGGUGGGUCGACAGGGCCGCCGGUGCUGGAUUCCCCUCCAGCAACACCUCAGAAACAGACGGAUCCUGCGCUGAAGGAGACCAGAACCAUCCCACUGCGCAUGUGCCAAGUCACCCGCAAACAGUGCCCGCCUGACACAGAGGACAGGUAUUUCGAGGUGGUUUCCUCAGACAGGAAGACGUCUGUGUUUUUGCGGGCUAAAGAUCACGCUAUGGCUCAGGCCUGGUAUAACAGCAUCCAGAGCAGCAGCGCAGCGUUACUGAACACUGCUAAAGAUGAGCUCAAAACACUGCAGCCCAGCCUCAACAUCAUACACAUCGGCUGGAUCAUUGAGCAGGGUUCAGAGCGGCCCAUCCUGGCAGUGUUGACAGACAGAGAUCUGCUGCUCUAUGGGGCUUUACCAGACAGCAAAGAGACGCUCAACAGCCCAGACAAGAGCUACCCACUCAUCACCACCAGGCUGGUUCACUCUGGUCCGGGUAAGAGUUCUUCAGUGCACGACUCAGAGCUGACGUUCGGUCUGCGUUUGGGCACUAAGCAGGGUGUGGAGACGCAUCUGUUCAGGGUGGACUCUGCUAAAGACCUGUCCUGCUGGACACACCUGCUUGUGGACGGAUGCCACAGUGCUGCAGAGCUCGUGCAGGAGGUCACUACAGCGUGCAGCUGGAAUGGGAAGUCCUGUAUGCUCAGUGUGCACAUAGACCGGGGUUUCUCUCUGUUCAUGGAGGAUUGUGGCGUGAGGAAGAGCGUCCUUCUGCAGCAGCCGUUCGAGCGGCUCCGCAUGUCCUCCGACGACGGCGUCCGCAUGAUAUUCCUGGAUUUCGGCGGACCAGACGCUGAGAUCCAACUGGACCUUCACUCGUGCCCUAAAACCAUGGUGUUCAUCAUCCACUCGUUCCUGUCAGCCAAAGUGAAGCGCCUGGGUUUGCUGGCAUGAGGACGGAGCGUGGGAGAAAAGCUGGACCACUGGACAUCAAGCCAAAAUCUCCAUCACAGACUGUGUUCAUUCAGCAGAUCAGACCUCUGUGCUCCUUCAUCACUGUAUAUGGGUUUGUAGCUCAACUUUAUGAAUGUUUCAAAACAAAAUCGCAAAAAACACACAUGCUAUGGAAGCUUGUUUCUGCGGUGAAAAAAAGUCACCAUGACUCUUAAUGAUGAUUCUGACUUUUUUUUUUACCUGCAAUUCUGAUUUAAACUCACAAAUACAAGUAAAAAAUUGGAUAAAAAGUCUGGAACUAUAUAUGGGAACGAUGUAGGAACUAAAAAGCUAAAUUGCAAGAUAUAAAUUCUGAGAGAGAGAAAAACUUGUAAAAACCAUGAGUCUUAAUGAUGAUUCUGACUUUCUUUUUAGCUGCUAUUCUGAUAACAUCUUAAACUCACAAGUGCAAGAAAAAAUAGUGAGGCAAAUAGUCAGAUGUAGGAACUAAAAAGCUGAAUUGCAAGAUAUAAAUUCUGAGGGGAAAGAAAAACUUGUAAUAACCAUAACUCUUAAUGAUGAUUCUGACUUUCUUUUUACCUGCAAUUCUGAUUUAAACUCACAAAUACAAGUAAAAAAUUGGAUAAAAAGUCUGGAACUCUAUAUGGGAACUAUGUAGGAACUAUAAAGCUGAAUUGCAAGCUAUGAAUUCUGAGAGAGAGAAAAACUUGUAAUAAGCAUGACUCUUAAUGAUGAUUCUGACUUUCUUUUUACCUGCAAUUCUGAUUUAAACUCACAAAUGCAAGUAAAAACUAAAGAAAAAAGUCAGACGUAGAAACAAAAGCUGAAUUGCAACAUAUAAACUCUGAGACUUUUUUUUAAACAGGAUUUUGAUUUAAACUCACAAUUGCAAGUAAGAAAAUCAUGAGACAAAAUUCAUUUGUUGUAAGAACUAACAAGCUGAAAUCUAAGAUAUAAAUUCUGAGAGCCAAAAAGCUUGCAACAACCAUGGCUCUUAAUGUCAAACUCACAAAUGCAAGUAAAGAUUCAAGAUAAAAAGUCAGAUGUAGGAAGCUGAAUUGCAAGAUUUAAAUCAGCAAUAACAAUAACCAUGACUCUUAAUGAUGAUUCUGACUUUCUUUUAACCUGCAAUUCUGAUGCAAAUUCACAAUUAAAGGUAAAGAAAUUGUGAGGAAAAAGUCAGAAUCAUCAUUUAGAGUCAUGGUUAUUGCUAUUUGUUUCCUCAGAAUUUAUAUCUUGCAAUUCAGCCUAUUAGUUUCUACAACUGAUAGGAAAAAAAUGUGUAAUAAGCAUGACUCUUAAUGAUGAUUCAGACUAUUUUUUUUACCAGCAAUUCUGAUUCAAACUCACAAAUACAAGUAAAAAUUGGAGAAAAAACAAGCUUGCAAUAGCCAUGACUCUUAAUGUCAAAUUCACAAUUGCAAGAAAAAAAUUGUGAGGAAAAACGUCAGAUGUAGGAACUAAAAAGCUGAAUUGCAAGAUAUGAAUUCUGAGGGGAAAGAAAAACUUGUAAUAAGCAUGACUCUUAAUGAUGAUUCUGACUUUUUUAGCAGCAAUUCUGAUUUAAACUCACAAAUGCAAGUAAAAACUAAAGAAAAAAGUCAGAUGUAGGAACUAAAAAGCUGAAUUGCAAGAUAUAAACUCUGAGACUUUUUUUUAAACAGGAUUUUGAUUUAAACUCACAAUUGCAAGUAAUAAAAUCAUGAGAAAAAUGCAUUUGUUGUAAGAACUAACAAGCUGAAUUCCAAGAUAUAAAUUCUGAGAGCCAAAAAGCUUGCAACAACCAUGGCUCUUAAUGUCAAACUCACAAAUGCAAGUAAAGAUUCAAGAUAAAAAGUCAGAUGUAGGAAGAUGAAUUGCAAGAUAUAAAUCAGCAAUAACAAUAACCAUGACUCUUAAUGAUGAUUCUGACUUUCUUUUAACCUGCAAUUCGGAUUUAAACUCACAAAUACAAGUAAAAAAUUGGAUUAAAAAGUCUGGAACUAUAUAUGGGAAUGAUGUAGGAACUAAAAAGCUGAAUUGCAAGAUAUAAAUUCUGAGAUAGAGAAAAACUUGUAAUAAGCAUGACUCUUAAUGAUGAUUCUGACUUUCUUUUCACCUGCAAUUCUGAUUCAAACUCACAAAUACAAGUAAAAACUGAAGAAAAAAGUCAGACUAAAAAACAAAGCUGAAUUGCAAGAUAUAAAUCAGCAAUAACAAUAACCAUGACCCUUAAUGAUGAUUCUGACUUUCUUUUAACCUGCAAUUCUGAUGCAAAUUCACAAUUAAAGGUAAAGAAAUUGUGAGGAAAAAGUCAGAAUCAUCAUUUAGAGUCAUGGUUAUUGCUAUUUGUUUCCUCAGAAUUUAUAUCCUGCAAUUCAGCUUAUUAGUUUCUACAACUGAUGGAAAAAACUUGUAAUAAGCAUGACUCCUAAUGAUGAUUCAGACUUUCUUUUUACCUGCAAUUCUGAUUCAAACUCACAAAUGCAAGUAAAAAUUGGAGAAAAACAUCAGAUGAAAGAACUAAAAAGCUGAAUUUCAACAAAUAAAAAAUCUGAGAAAAACAAGCUUGCAAUAGCCAUGACUCUUAAUGUCAAAUUCACAAUCGCAAGAAAAAAAUAGUGAGGAAAAUAGUCAGAUGUAGGAACUAAAAAGCUGAAUUGCAAGCUAUGAAUUCUGAGGGGAAAGAAAAACUUGUAAUAAGCAUGAGUCUUAAUGAUGAUUCUGACUUUCUUUUUACCUGCAAUUCUGAUUUAAACUCACAGAUGCACACAGAAAAUUGUUCAAUAUGCAAUAACCAUAAUUCAUAAUGUCAAAGUCACAAUUUCAAGAAAAACUUGAGGAAAAAGUCAGAUGUAGGAACUAAAAAGCUGAAGUGCAAGAUAUCAAAAAUUCUUAGAGAAAAAAAGCUUGCAAUAAGCAUGACUCUUAAUGAUGAUUCUGACAUUUUUUUUACUAGCAAUUCUGAUUUAAACUCACAAAUGCAAGUAAAAAGUUGUGAUUUUAAAGUUGAAAAUGCAAUAUCCAUGCCUUAUAAUGUCAAAUUCACAAAUGCAAGUUUAACAUUGUAAGGAAAAAUGUGAGCUGUAGGAACUAAAAAUUGCAAGAUAUAAAUACAAAUAUGAGGGGAAAGAAAAACUUAUAAUAACCAUGACUCUUAAUGGUGAUUCUGACUUUUUACCUGCAGUUCUGAUUUAAACUCACAAAUGCACACAGAAAAUUGUUCGAUAUGCAAUAACCGGGAUUCAUAAUGUCAAAGUCACAAUUGCAAGUAAAAAUUAUGAGAAAAAAGUCAGACGUAGGAACUAAAAAGGUGAAUUGCAAGAUAUAAAUUCUGAUGGAAAACACUUGUAAUAGCCGUAACUCUUAAUGAUAAUUCUGGCUUUUUUUUUUACCAGCAGUUCUGAUUUAAACUCACAAAUGCAAGUAAAAAGUUGUGAUUUUAAAGUUGAAAAUGCAAUAUCCAUGCCUUAUAAUGUCAAAUUCACAAACGCAAGUAAAACAUUGUGAGGAAAAAUGUGAGCUGUAGGAACUAAAAAGCUGAAUUGCAAGAUAUAAAUACAAAUAUGAGGGGAAAAAAUAACUUAUAAUAAUCAUGACUCUUAACUGGGAUUCUGACUUUUUACCUGCAAUUCUGAUUUAAACUCACAAAUGCAGACAGAAAAUUGUUCGAUAUGCAAUAACCAUAAUUCAUAAUGUCAAAGUCACAAUUUCAAGAAAAACUUGAGGAAAAAGUCAGAUGUAGGAACUAAAAAGCUGAAUUGCAAGAUAUAAAUUCUGAGGGAAAAACACUUGUAAUAGCCGUAACUCUUAAUGAUAAUUCUGGCUUUUUUUUUUACCAGCAGUUCUGAUUUAAACUCACAAAUGCAAGUAGGAAUUGGAGAGAAAAAAAGUCAGAUGUAGGAACUAAAAAGCUGAAUUGCAAGAUAUGAACUCUGAGAGACAAAAAGCUUGCAAUAACCCAAUAACCAUGACUCUUAAUAUCAAACUCACAAAUGCAGGUAAAAAAAUGCAAAUUCACAAUUGCAAGGUGAAGAAAAAAUAAGAAUCAUCAUAGAGUUAUGGAUAUUGCUAUUUGUUUCCUCAGUAUUUAUAUCCUGCAAUUCAGCUUAUUAGUUUCUACAACUGAUAUGAAAAAACGUGUAAUAAGCAUGACUCUUAAUGAUGAUUCUGGCUUUUUUUUUACCAGCAAUUCUGAUUUAAACUCACAAAUGCAAGUAAAAAUCAGAUGUAGGAACUAAAAAGCUGAAUUGCAAGAUAUCAAUUCUGUGGAGAAAAAAACUUGCAAUAACCCAAUAACCAUGACUCUUAAUAAUGUCUGCCUUUUUUGUACCAGCAAUUCUGAUUCAAACUUACAGAUGCAAGUACAAAUGGUGAGGAAAACAGUCAGAUGUAGGAACUAAAACGCUGAAUUGCAAGAUAUAAAUUGAGAUUAUAAAACUUGCAAGAAUAAAAUAGCUUUAAUUCAAAACAAGCUUCCAUAAUAUGCUGUCAGAAUUGCAAAACAUAUUAAACCCUGUUCCACAACCUUGUGAGUCUACAUAGGCAGCUGACUACUACUGGGAACAUCCAGUCUGCACUGAUCUGAGGUGCACAUGAUAGUCAGCACCUCCCAAUGCUACACAGAUAGAGCUCUUCAUGUGCCAAUCACUUAUGACAUAAAAUAAUUUGCUAUAAUAAUUGUACAGCAUACAUCUGUCCAUUAAUAACAUAUAAAAUUAAAUAAUAAGCAUAUGAAUGGACACGCUGGAGGGACUAUGUGGAGGGAUCCUCCCUGAGGAGCUGGAGGAAGUGUCUGGGGAGAGGGAAGUCUGGAGUUAUCUUCUAAGACUGCUGCCCCCGCGACCUGACCCCAGAUUAGCGGAUGAAAUAGUCAUACAUACAUACAUACAUACAUACAUAUAUAUAUAUAUACCAUACAUGACCUUUUAGCUUUAUCAAAACAAUUCACAUUAAUUAAGAACGAUAAACAUUAUACAUAUCAAAAUCAACCACACAAUAUUUCAUACUUACCAUAUAUUGACUUUAAUUUCAGACUCUUUCAUUAUUUCUCAAUCAUGUAUAAAUUUCAUCAUAAACAAAGCCUUAAUUAGCUGAAAAGAUCUGAAUUAUUAAUUACCGAAUUGAUUCAUCCAGAAGGGUUGUAAUUUUUUCACAGUAUUCAAGGCAAGGACAUUAUAAGUAACAAUAAUUAAAUGCUCUAAAAAUGAAAAGUGCUCCCUUACAUGACUUUUUCUGUGCAAAAGUAAUCUAAUAACAGUAAUAAGCUACUCAUACUGAAAGCGGCGAGAGCGUCAAAGUAGCCGGAAGUCAUUCAUUUUUAAUGGGAGCCAGUGGCGAGGAGUGGUGCGGCGCGUUUUCGCAGGUGCAGGCGUCGAGGAGUGUUGAAAUCAAGUCAACUCUAUGAUAAUGAGCUAUGAUGCGGUUCAGCGGCAACUAAUCAGAAUGUUGAAUCUAGGAGACCAGAAAGGAGGAGUCCUCUGAACUUUGGUUUCGACCACAGUUGUUCCUAAGGGUUUGAUUAUUGCGGUCAUCAGAUUUCGAAUUAUUUACGAUGUUUUCUUACAGUGGCAUACAGUUGAAGUCAGAAUUAUUAGCCCCCCUGUUUAUUUUAUUCCCCAAUUUCUGUUUAACAGAGAUUUUUUUCCAACACAUUUCUAAUCAUAAUAGUUUUAAUAACUCAUCUCUAAUAACUGAUUUAUUUUCUCUUUGUCAUGAUGACAGUAAAUAAUAUUAGACUAGAUAUUCUUCAAGACACUUCUAUACAGCUUAAAGUGACAUUUAAAGGCUUAACUAGGUUAAUUAGGUUAACUAGGCAGGUUAGGGUAAUUAGGCAAGUUAUUGUUUAACGAUGGUUUGUUCUGUAGACAAAAAAUAUAGCUUAAAGGGGCUAAUAAUAUUGACCUUAAAAUGGUGUUUAAAAAAUUAAAAACUGCGUUUAUUCUAGCUGAAAUAAAACAAAUAAGACUUUCUCCAGAAGAAAAAAUAUUAUCAGACAUACUGUGAAAAUUUCCUGAAUCUGUGAAACAUCAUUUGGGAAAUAUUUAAAAAAAGAAUAAAAAAAUCAAUAUAUAUUCAAUAAUUCUGACUUCAACUGUUUAUAAAAAAGUUACUGGCGAGUUACUGAUGUGCAUUAAUGUUAUUUUAUCUUUAAAAAAGCAGGAAUGUCAUGCUAACUAUAAAGAAAAUACAAAACAGGAUUGCUGUUCAGGAUAUUUCAUAUCUUAUGGACACAUAUUGGAUAAAUGGAGCAAAGCCACAGCACAUGCAACUUGAUCUUCAAUAGUUAAAUGAGUCUGAUAAAGAGCGUGCAACAUUUUCAUGCAUGUUUUUAAACAGGAAUGUAAGUGAUUUGCUGAUAUCAAGCAAUGGCCCCUUUAAAUCCGUGAUGAAUUUAGCGAACUUUGACGCUCUUGCCGCCUUCAGUGUAAAUGCACAGUAACUACAACAGGCUACAGUGGUUAUAUGAAUAAAAACAGUAUAUAUGAUGUCUUUCAGUGCUUUAAUAUUUCAUGUAAUAACUCUGCAAUCUUAUAUAGACUUCUAUAUAGACCAGUGUUUCCCAACCCUGUUCCUGGAGGCACACCAACAGUACAUAUUUUGGAUGUCUCCCUUUUCUGACCCAUUAACUUCAGGUGUUGGAGUCUCUUCAGAUGUUAUAAGUUGAUUCAGGUGUGUUUGAUUAGGGAGAGGUUGAAAAUGUGUAUUGUUGGUGUGCCUUCAGGUACAGGGUUGGGAAGCACUGAUGUAGACUACCCUCUUAUGAUGCCUUAACAUGCUCCCUAUGUAGGGCGCUCACUAGGGUUUGGAACAGAGCUGUUGUUUCCUGGUUUUGUUGAUAAAUUCCAGUUUGUGGGAGACUGUGAAAAUCGCAGAUGCUCUGAUUGUAAAAAGGGCUUCAAUUUCGGGUAGCUGAGAGCAUUUUUGAGAUGUUUCUGGUGGGAAAUUAUGAUUUAACUUUAAGUAUAUAACCUUACGACUCGUCGUCUUCCAGAAAAUCCCUGAAUCUAUGCAUCUGUAAAGAGUGAGACUCAACCAAACCUUUACAAAUACAAAUAAAACAAGCACUGUGAUGGAUCCAGACCAUAUUUUAUCAUCAUAUUCAUCAUGUUUUACCAUAGUAUUUUUGUGGAGUAAUGUUUUGUAUAGGGAAUGUGGUUAUAUCUCACUCUGUUUCUUUUUACAAGCCAAAACUACACAUGAAACUCUUUUUUUUUAUUUCAGAAGUAUUGGACAAACCUUAAAUAACUGAAAUAUGUUAAAUAAUAAAGUUAUACUGACCUCUAAUGGACGUAAUGAGCAUUACAAGCAGGAUUAAUCCGGCUGUGUUCAGAAUUGCAUACUACCAUACUAAACAUUCUGCAAUCUACUGCGCACAGCAUGUGAACUAAAUGUAUGCAUACUUCUAUGUAAUGCAUUUACAUAUACUGUGCUUUAUAUAAUAAUGUUAUGUAUGCAUACUUUAAUGUAAUGCAUCUACAUAUGAUGAAUAAUGCAUUUAAAUGUAAUAUGUACUACAUUCUACAUUUAGUAUGUACUAUAUUAUAAUACAUCUGCCAAUUUAGAACAAGGUUUUCUUUAAUAAAAUGUUUAAUUCCAUGCUUUAAUAUGAAAAAAAACCUCACAUUAUUCAAAACACCGCUAUUAUUUUAAGAUAAACAUACACAGCCCGUAACCAGGAGGGUUCAGGUGAUUCAGAAAACCCACCCCUCACUCGCAAAGGUCUAGAAUUUGUCUCAUAGAUGAGCUCUUCUAUCCUAUUUUGAAUGCUAAUCCAUAGUAAAUAGUGAAAAUAACCCAUGGGAAAAGUGGAAUCCUCUGUUUGGUGUGACUUCAGCUAAUCAGUUUUGGCCAGUGCACUACACACUAUUAUUUUUCAUCAGUUCAAUAUCCAGCUAUGCAGGAAAACAUACAAUCUGACGUAUGUGAAGUCAUCUUUCACUACUAUAUUGUUUUUAAAUAUAGAAAACAUUGUACAAAUGACUUUUAUUGUAAAUCUUGGACCUUAUUCUUGAAACAAAAAAUGACCAAUGAAAGGUGUGAAGCGCUAGAGCAACCCAUAUUAAAAUGAAUUUCAGUACUAUUUUGGCUAUUGUUGUCAUCCAUGAACGUUUUUUGGUUAUGAUUAUUAUCCAACAAUCUAUUUCAGCUAAAAUAGUGCUUAAAGUGUCAGUAAAAUGCAGUAUUUAUAUCUCAUGAUUGAAUAGUAGUUUAAAUGAGGCCUAUAACCGCAUAAAGGUCCACUUUUUGAGAAAAAAAGAGCCACCCCUUUCACCAGGCUGGCUACAGGCCUGAUACAUUUCAUGCUGAAAUGAAGAGCUUUUUUUUGCAGUAUGCAGUGUAUACAGACAGCACUGUAUGUUAGUAUUCAAUUCUGACCACAGCCUUUUAAUGCAAUAAAAUCAUGGUCUUGUUUUAUCAUUUAGAUUAUUGAUUUAUUUUAGCGCUGAUCUGUGUGAUUAUUAAUGCUGUAUUCCUUCAUGUUUUCACUUUUAUUUUUUCUGCUCGAUUUUGUCUCAGUCCCACUACACUAUAUGCAACAGUUUUCUGCUCGAAGAGGUACUUUUACAAGGAAAUCUCCUUCAUGUGGCCUUUUUUUAAACACUACUAAAUUUUAAUAUAUAAUUCAAACUAAACUGUAUUCAAACUAUGUUAGCUAUCGAGAGGAAAAUCAUAUUAUAUCCUUUAUUUAAACAAAAGAGUGCCUUUUAGGGUUGUUUGUAUAUAAAAUUGCAAUAAAUGUAACUGUUGACUUGA